AUGGUUCGUCUAAGAAACGCGGCCAGUUUCGGGCUGGCAUUAUGCCUAUCUGGGCAUAUCGGAAACGUCAUUGCUGCCUGUUCCAACGAGGAGACUUCGACAAUCACCGAAGCGACCCAGGUAUCGAGCCUAGCAGCAUCGUGCCCAACGUACACCGGCGAUCUACAACUCAUCAAUAUUACCAAGACGAUCAAUAUGACUGGCGUUGAAACUCUCAUCGGCGACAUCACGUACAACAACGACUUCCCAGACGAAUACGUUACAUUCUACAGCUCGACCCUCAAGAACGUCACUGGCGACCUUCUGAUGUACGGCGCCGGUGGGAAGACUACCAAGACACCUGGAGACCUAAACAUAACGCUCCCUGCUCUGCGAACAAUCAAUGGGCUGGGUGCGUAUUGGGGAUGGGGCGACAUAUCGAUUAAUACGGAUCCAAAGCUUAACAUAACAAGAGGGUUCCAGAUCAGUUCUGGAUCAAGCCAAUCGGCGGCGGGCAAUUUGUACUUGAACCUUACUUAUACUUAUAGUAUUGGCGUCGCAGGUGUCGAUUUUCAAGCCACUGGGGGAGCACUUUUCACCUCCUCAGCGGAGAAGGUCGAGCGCGAGAUCAUGAUCUUCGGAAAUAGUGGACUUGAGCGUGUCGAACUGGAUGAUCUCAAGUUUGUGAAUUACACGGUCGACAUCAAGAGUAACUCGGACCUCGACUAUAUUUCUUUAUCUCUCUCUGAGGUCGGACUCUUGCGCGUCAAGGACAACGGAAGAGAUACACAUCUAUCGGUACCGAACCUCAAGAAGCUCGGAGGCCGCAGUGACUCUGCCACCCAUACCAGCGGAGGCGACGCUGGCGGUAUCUUCAGGGAUCUCGUCAACGCCAGCCUACCAUUGCUGACUGAGGUUCACGGCGAUGAUGUCGAUUGGUUCAAGGGCAAGCUCAACUUCACUUCCAACUUCUUCUCAGAGCUUAGUCUUCCGAGUCUCAGGACGGCAAACUGCACGCUUGGCAUCGACGAGAACAUUGCACUGAAUGAUCUUUCAGUACCGAGGUUGAACUACGUGAAGGACUUGCAGAUACACGACAAUCCCCGCCUUCUCAACUUUACGGCCAAUUUGCUCAAGAAGGCUGAUAACAUCAACAUGACCGGACCUUUCACCAACGUCGAGUUCUUUGGUCUUGAGGUCAUUACAGGAGAUUUCUAUCUUGCAGGCGACAAGACCAUGGAUUGUUCUUGGUUCGAUGAAUACUUUCUCAAUACCAUUGUCCAAGGAUCUUACAAGUGCGUUGGUAACCAUACGAAGCCUGCCGCCGAACGCAAACCUAGCACGCCGACGGACGAAGCAGAUCUUGAAGACCAGGGUUCGAAACAAGGCGGAAGUUCUUCCAGUGGAAGUAGCGAGGGCUCAUCUUCAGGAAGUAAUGGUGGACUCUCAACAGGUGCAAAGGCAGGCAUUGGCGCGGGAGUCGGUGUAGCUGGUCUUAUCCUUCUCGGUCUCGGUGCUGGCUUUUUGAUUGGCAAGAAGGCAAAGAGACCUCCUGGUGCAGUUCCUCGUACUACCGAAUCAGGGUAUCAGAAGGCUGAGCUCGAUGGAGACAGUAAGCCGUCAAGUGGUGUGAAACAAUUGCAUAGUGUAGAAGCGUCGGAGAUGCAAGACAUGGGAAAGUCUGAGUUGCCACUUAAUCUAGCGAGAGCUGAAUUGGCGGGAUGA